GGGAGGUGCUACGGGGCAAUUGUGCUACGCAGCUCCCAGGUUGCCUGAUGGAGCUCACCUUGAACUGAAGCAAUUAGCAGCAGCAGCUACCAGCAACACCACCAUCACCUCUUCAAACAAAGCGAUCCCGACGACCCAUUUCUUGAGCUACCCACCUUGAGCCCGAGCUAGCGCAACGAGAACCUCUCCAUCCUAUUGAAACCGGAGAUCCAAACAAAUACCGGCAUCGCACAUCAACACCUUCCCAUCUAAGGCAUAAUGACUUCCAUAGGAACAGGCUACGAUCUUGCCAACUCCAUUUUCUCCCCCGAUGGUCGCAACUUUCAAGUCGAAUAUGCCAUGAAGGCAGUUGAGAAUGGCAGCACCUCGAUCGGCAUCCGCUGCAAGGACGGCAUCGUGUUGGCGGCGGAGAAGGUUAUCACAUCCAAGCUGCUCAAGCAAGGCGCCAACAAGCGCAUUGCGACAGUCGACAGGCAUUUGGGCAUUGUAUACUCCGGCAUGAUCCCCGACGGUAGGCACUUCGUGGACCGCGCCCGCGACGAGGCGCGCGGCUGGCGCGACAACUACAAGACGCCCAUCUCGACAAAAGACCUAGCCGGCCGCAUGGGCGGUUACAUGCAAGCCUACACGCUCUACCAAUCUGUGCGACCUUUCGGCAUCACGGCCAUCAUCGGCGGCUACGACAGCGAACUCGAUACGCCCGUGGAAGGCGAGGUCGGCAGCGGCCCCAGCGUCGGCGCCGGCGGCAAGGUGGAGGGCAAGAAGCACGGUGGUCCGUUCCUGUACAUGGUGGAGCCCUCGGGCCUCUACUGGGGAUACUACGGCGCCGCGACGGGCAAGGGCAGGCAAGCGGCCAAGGCGGAGCUCGAGAAGCUGGACCUCAGUAGCGACGGCGAGUCGAGUCUGACGCUGGAGCAGGCCGUCAAGGAGGCAGCGCGCAUCAUCUACGUUGCCCACGACGACAACAAGGACAAGGAGUUCGAGCUCGAGAUGACCUGGAUCAGCGGGGCGGACGGUCCCACGAAGGGCCGUCACCAAGAGGUGCCCGAGGCUUUGCGGAAGGAGGCGGAGAAGUAUGCGGAGCGCAUGACUGCGAAGGACAUCGAGGAGGAAGAGGAAACGAAAGAGGGCGGGGACAAGAUGGAGGAGUAAGGGAAGGCCUAACCUCUGGGCUAUUGAUGGACGAAUGAACGAGGCGGAAGUGAUGAUGCUUAGCAUGUAAUUCUAAACCAUGAGGCACGACUGCGAUUUGAUUUCUUGACAAGUGAUAAGAGCUCCGUAACUGCCAUCUGGGAUUCGGCCUAAAUCAUGGCAUGCGAUGCACUACGGUUUGUCUUGGUGAUUUAUCAAGUAUCUUACGUGUGUGGAAAUCACCUAGUGAAGCAUGUGGUCUUAUGUUGCGAGGCAAGUUCAACUGGAAAAAGUUGUUUCCAU